CUGGGGUCUCCCCGCAUCCCCCCACCCUGUCCUCCCCUCCCCAGGGCGCUGUGAGGCCAUGCGCAUGCUGCUGGCCGACCAGGGCCAGAGCUGGAAGGAAGAGGUGGUGACCAAGGAGACCUGGCUACAGGGCCCGCUCAAGGCCUCCUGUCUGUACGAGCAGCUCCCUAAGUUCCAGGACGGGGACCUCACUCUGUACCAGUCCGAUGCCUUCCUGCGACACCUGGGGCACACCCUUGGGCUCUACGGCAAGGACGAGCGGGAGGGCCUGGUGGACGUGGUGAACGACAGCUUGGAGGACCUUCGCCGGCUCUGCGGCCGCCUCAUCCACCGCGACUACGAGGAGGGCAAGGCCCAGUAUAUUCAGGGGCUGCUGGGUCACUUGAAGCCUUUCGAGACCCUGCUGAUCCAGAACCAGGGGGUCCAGGCCUUCAUUGUGGGCGACCAGCCCCUGGCCCCCGGCUGCCUGGACUCCCUCCCCCUGCUCUCGGCCUACGAGGCGCGCCUCAGCGCCCGGCCCAGGCUCAAGGCCUUCCUGGCCUCCCCUGAGCACGUGAACCGCCCUGUCUUCGGCGCCCGUUAG